AUGGCCAUUCGCACGUCUCCAAAAAGUUCGGCCACUUGGUCGGGAGACGCUGAAACACCAGACCAGAUUCUGAUGAUGCCGGGUGCGAGGCGGAAAGCUACAGCCCCAGCCCUCAUCGCAGUGUACAAGCGGUCCAUGGAUAUGGCGGCCGUCACAAUAAGCACAGCACCCUGGUUUCCACCUGAUGUUGAAGGCAUCGCUCAACGAGGAGGCAUCCGGUUCAUGACGGUGCCUGUCACUAUGUCCGCAAGGCCGACUUCGAACUUUGUGCCGAGCUACAUCCAUGUCACUUGGCGGUGA